AUGUCUGGUACCUCAAAUCUAAUUGCUGCUGCUAUUGAUAACGAGAUGUCCGAUUUGAAAGCAAUCAAUGCUAUCAUCGCCAAACUGACGGGUAUGAGUGGACGAUGGCAGGAGUUUUUUAUAUGCAUGGUUUACACAAUUACAAAAAAUGGAUUGCUCUUUACCCAAAUGAUUCAACCUAGGAUCAGACCCAUAAUGAUAGAUUGUUAUAAAGACAAAUAUUUCUUAGAUGAGGAACGGUACGCCAAAGCCAAAUCCCACAAUUGUGGUCGGAGAUUUUGCUCGGAAACGGUUUAUUCAAGCCUGGGAAUCUUGGAUUGA